UUCCCCUGCUUCACAUCGCUCUGCUCGUCCUCUUCGUCAUCAUAAUCUACGCCAUCAUUGGCCUGGAACUCUUCAUUGGCAAAAUGCAUGCCACAUGUUAUGUGAUACAAACAGGGGCCCUCGCCGAAGAAGAGUCCACGCCAUGUGCGGUAUCAGGGCAUGGCCGUCACUGCAUUUUCAACGGUACAGUUUGCAGAGAGGGCUGGCAGGGCCCCAACAACGGCAUCACCAACUUUGACAAUUUUUUGUUUGCCAUGCUCACUGUGUUCCAGUGCAUCACCAUGGAAGGCUGGACUGACGUUCUUUACUGGAUGAAUGAUGCAAUGGGCUUUGAGCUGCCUUGGGUUUACUUUGUCAGUCUGGUCAUUUUUGGAUCCUUCUUUGUACUCAACUUGGUCCUGGGUGUGUUGAGCGGAGAGUUUUCCAAAGAGCGAGAGAAGGCCAAGGCUCGCGGAGACUUCCAAAAGCUCCGUGAGAAGCAGCAGUUGGAAGAAGACCUGAAGGGCUACCUGGACUGGAUUACCCAGGCCGAGGACAUCGACCCCGAGAACGAGGAAGAAGGGGACGAGGAGGGCAAGCGUAACCCGAGCAUGCCCACGAGUGAGACAGAGUCGGUGAACACAGACAAUCACAAUGGAGAGGAGGACAAAUCACCGUGUUGUGGACCACUGUGUCGUCAGUGGCGGCGGUGGAACCGGUUUUGUCGCAGAAAGUGUCGUGCAGCUGUGAAAUCAGUGACAUUUUAUUGGCUGGUCAUCAUCUUGGUGUUCCUCAACACUCUCACCAUCGCCUCUGAGCACUACAACCAGCCUGACUGGCUGACUGAAGUACAGGACAUAGCCAACAAAGUUCUCCUGGCGAUGUUCACCAUGGAGAUGCUGGUGAAGAUGUACAGUCUGGGGCUGCAGGCCUACUUCGUGUCCCUGUUUAACCGCUUUGACUGUUUCGUGGUGUGCGGAGGCAUCGUAGAGACCAUCCUGGUGGAGCUGGCCAUCAUGUCUCCUUUGGGAAUCUCUGUUUUCCGCUGUGUACGCCUCCUCAGGAUCUUCAAAGUUACUCGUCACUGGGCAUCUCUCAGUAACCUGGUGGCCUCUCUGCUCAACUCCAUGAAGUCCAUCGCCUCCCUGUUGCUGCUGCUCUUCCUCUUCAUCAUCAUUUUCUCCCUACUGGGCAUGCAGCUCUUUGGGGGCAAGUUCAACUUUGAUGAGACAGUGACCAAGAGGAGCACGUUUGAUAAUUUCCCCCAGGCUCUGCUCACCGUGUUCCAGAUCUUGACAGGAGAAGACUGGAAUACAGUGAUGUAUGAUGGCAUCAUGGCCUACGGUGGUCCAGCCUCCUCUGGAAUGGUGGUCUGCAUUUACUUCAUCAUCCUCUUCAUCUGUGGAAACUACAUCCUACUGAACGUCUUCUUGGCCAUUGCCGUCGACAACCUGGCAGAUGCAGAGAGCCUCAACACAGCACAGAAGGAGGAAGAGGAGGCCAAGAAGAGGAAGAACAGUGCCAAGGAUACAAGCACAGAUAACAAUAGAGUGGAAAUAACAGAAUCCAGUGAUGGUGAGACCAAGAUGCCAGCAGACGCCAUGCUAGAGGAAGACAAAGAGUUGUAUCCUGCCAUCGACUCUCCAGAUCUUCCAGAAGUGCCCGCUGGACCCCGCCCACAGAGGCUUUCCGAACUCACUAUCAAGGAAAAGACUCCACCCAUCCCAGAGGGCAGCGCCUUCUUCAUCUUCAGCAGCACAAACCCGUUUCGUGUGUUCUGCCAUAAGCUGAUCAACCAUCAGAUCUUUACCAACCUCAUCCUGGUCUUCAUCAUGCUCAGCUCUGUCUCGCUGGCUGCUGAGGACCCCAUACGCAACUUCUCUGCUCGCAAUAUUAUACUUGGUUAUUUUGACUAUGCUUUCACCGCAAUCUUUACUGUUGAGAUCCUGUUGAAGAUGACGGCAUUCGGAGCGUUCCUUCAUAAAGGGGCUUUCUGUAGAAACUACUUCAACCUUUUAGACCUGCUGGUCGUUGGUGUGUCUCUGGUAUCAUUCGGGAUUCAGUCCUCUGCUAUCUCCGUAGUGAAGAUCCUCCGUGUUCUCAGAGUCCUCCGUCCCCUCAGGGCCAUCAACAGAGCCAAGGGACUCAAGCAUGUGGUCCAGUGUGUGUUUGUGGCGAUCAGGACCAUCGGCAAUAUCAUGAUCGUCACCACCCUGCUGCAGUUUAUGUUCGCCUGUAUCGGUGUACAGCUCUUUAAGGGGAAAUUUUAUCGAUGCACAGAUGACGCAAAGUCCAGCCCGGAGGAGUGCAAGGGUACAUAUAUUCUCUUCAACAAUGGGGACACGGCAAUGCCCAUGGUGAAGGAGAGGAUCUGGCACAACAGUGACUUCAACUUUGACAAUGUCCUCAUGGCCAUGAUGGCUCUCUUCACCGUGUCCACAUUUGAAGGAUGGCCCACACUGUUGUACAAGGCCAUCGACUCCAACAAAGAGAACAUGGGUCCCAUCUACAACUACCGCAUCGAGAUCUCCAUCUUCUUCAUCAUCUACAUCAUCAUCAUUGCCUUCUUCAUGAUGAACAUCUUUGUUGGUUUCGUUAUCGUCACCUUCCAGGAGCAGGGGGAGAAGGAGUACAAGAACUGCGAGCUGGACAAGAACCAGCGUCAGUGUGUGGAAUACGCUCUUAAGGCUCGCCCUCUGCGACGCUACAUCCCCAAAAACCCCUACCAGUACAAGUUCUGGUAUGUGGUCAACUCCACUGGGUUUGAAUACGUCAUGUUUGUCCUGAUCAUCCUCAACACCUUGUGUCUGGCUAUACAGCAUCAUGGUCAGUCUCAUCUUUUUAAUUACGCCAUGGACGUCCUCAACAUGGUCUUCACUGGGGUUUUCACAGUGGAGAUGAUCCUCAAGCUCAUCGCCUUCAAACCCAGAAACUAUUUUGCUGAUGCAUGGAACACGUUUGAUGCCUUAAUUGUUGUGGGUAGCGUGGUUGACAUUGCCAUCACUGAGAUCAAUUCGGCAGCCAUUCCUGUCGUCAAGGUGAUAGUGGAGCCAGGGAACACAGAAGACAGCGCUCGCAUCUCCAUCACCUUCUUCCGCCUGUUCAGGGUGAUGCGAUUGGUGAAACUGCUGAGCAGGGGGGAGGGCAUCAGGACUCUGCUGUGGACCUUCAUCAAGUCUUUCCAGGCUCUUCCCUAUGUUGCACUCCUGAUCGCCAUGUUGUUCUUCAUAUAUGCUGUAAUAGGAAUGCAGGUGUUUGGUAAAAUAGCCAUGGUGGAUGGAACACAAAUCAACCGCAACAACAACUUUCAAACUUUUCCUCAAGCUGUCCUGAUGCUCUUCAGGUGUGCUACAGGUGAGGCCUGGCAGGAGAUCAUGCUGGCCUGUCUGCCUGGGAAGCUGUGUGACUCAGAGUCCGACUACAACCCAGGAGAGGAGAGAACUUGUGGCAGUGGUUUUGCCAUUAUCUACUUCAUCAGCUUCUACAUGCUCUGUGCUUUUCUGAUCAUAAAUUUAUUUGUAGCUGUCAUCAUGGAUAACUUUGACUAUCUGACCCGUGAUUGGUCUAUUCUGGGGCCGCAUCACCUGGAUGAGUUUAAACGGAUCUGGUCUGAAUACGAUCCUGAAGCCAAGGGCAGGAUAAAGCAUCUUGACGUGGUGACUCUGCUGAGGAGGAUCCAGCCUCCUCUGGGCUUUGGCAAGCUCUGCCCACACAGGGUGGCCUGUAAGCGUCUGGUGGCGAUGAACAUGCCCCUGAACAGUGACGGGACUGUCAUGUUUAACGCUACUCUGUUUGCUCUGGUCCGCACUGCUCUCAAGAUUAAGACCGAGGGAAAUCUGGAACAAGCCAAUGAGGAGCUCAGAGCUGUGAUCAAAAAGAUCUGGAAGAGAACCAGCAUGAAGCUACUGGACCAAGUUGUCCCUCCUGCAGGCGAUGACGAGGUAACAGUGGGGAAGUUCUAUGCCACCUUCCUGAUACAGGACUACUUCAGGAAAUUCAAGAGGCGCAAAGAGCAAGGUCUUGUGGGAAGGCCCUCGUGGGAGAGGCUGAACACCACCAUGGCUCUACAAGCCGGCCUGCGCACGCUGCAUGACAUUGGACCAGAGAUCCGUCGAGCCAUAUCAUGUGACCUGCAGGAAGAAGGGCUUGUAGAUGCUAAUGGAGAGGAAGAGGAAGAUAUCUACAGGCGAAAUGGCGGUUUGUUUGGAAACCACGUCAACCACGUCAGCGGCGAUCAGCAAGGCUCCUCUCACCCGACCACGGUCACUCAACGGCCGCUCCAGAUCCUGACGUUGUCCUGCAGCUCCUCCACAGAGCCCACCCAGACUGGCAGGAGAGCCGGAAGCAAUGACAGGGAGGGAGAGACAGAGAUGAACUCCUCACCCAUCCAGUACAAUCAUCACUAUCAUCCCCCUCAUCCGCAUAAUUCCCCUCAUUGUAAUUCCACCCGCAAUCAAUCGCCAAUACCCUCCAAUGCCAACCUCAACAAUGCCAACGUGCCCUCGCUUCUCUCCAUGACCAGUGGGAGGCAACAGAAGUGUUUGUUAAAACGAGACCGUCCGUCCUCCACCAAAAAGGGAUCCUCUGCAUCCACUCACAGCAAAGGAGCGCAUGACAAGACUUUGAGGUCACACUCCACGAGGACACGCUACUAUGAGGCAUACAUCAGGUCAGAAAGUGGUGGUGGACUCUACCCCACCAUUCGUCGAGAGGAGCCAGGCGGUGGGGACAGCGAUGACGAUCCAGGCUCAGGAGAGUACUUCAGCGGAGAGGAGUUUCAUGAGGAUGACAUCAUGCUCACAAGAGACAGGCUCCCCAACAAGGAACAACAUGAUUCAGAGGCAGACUUUGAACAUGAGGAGGCCGGGGGCAACCACCACCAGCCUGAUAGUUGCUAUAGUGAUGAUCAACAGUUGAUCCACCAAGACAGCAGGCGGUCACCAAGGAGAUGGUUUUUACCCUCGCCUCAAGCCUCCAACAAACCAUUUAGUUUUGAGUGUCUCCGUCGAAGAAGUAGUGAGGAUGAUGCUCCUCCUUCUCCGUCAUGCACAGCUCUUCCACUACAUCUGGUGCAGCAACAGGUAAUGGCGGUGGCUGGUCUUGAUCCCAGCAGAAUUCACCGUCUGUCUCCGACGAGGUCUCUGCGAUCCUGGGCCACGCCUCCUGCUUCACCCAUCAGCCUCAACUGCUCGCCCUGCUACACGCCGCUCAUACAGGUGGACUGGCGCAGCCCUGGCAGCGUCAGCAGCAUCCCCGGAGCAGUGAAGAGGAGUUCGUGGUACACAGACGGCCAGGACGGUCCUCCCAGUCGCAGCCACUCCCCGUCACGACUGCAGUUACCUGCAGAGAGCUGCUCGCACUUCCUGCAGAAGAGAGGCAGUGCCAACAGUCUGGUGGAGGCUGUGUUGAUCUCCAAGGGUUUGGGCAAAUACGCCAAAGACCCCAAGUUUGUCUCAGUGACCAAACACGAGAUUGCAGACGCCUGCGAGAUGACCAUAGACGAGAUGGAGAGUGCCGCCAGUAAUCUCCUGAAUGGGAGUGUGGCUGAUGACACCAACGGGGGAACGGGUAACGUCAGCCCGGACACACAAGCCAUCGUACAUCUUAGAGACCACAGCAUCCGCGACUACAGUGACGAGGAGCCGUAUGUGGCUGUGAAAUGCGAGGAGGACCUAAAAGAUGAGAUGAUAUGCAUCACGUCGCUAUAGCAGCGGCUCACACAGGAUUAUUUAGGUUUUUUCAAUUGAACUUCAACUGCUGUUUCACUCUGAGGGGACGUCUCUGUUCAAGUGCGUCCUGGAAUUGACAGAAAAUGUCAAACAUGGACAAAUAAGAGAACAAAGUGCCUUGGAUUCUCUUUUUUGAGGAGUAGAAAACUGAAAUUCCAGAGAGAUGAGAAGUGAAAAAACUGAGAUGAAUUGAGAAAAUAAAGAAAUCAUCUACCUGCCGGGCUGCCUCUUAAACAAAGAUAAUUCAUGACUCUCUUUUGAAUUUCUUUUCAGUGCAGCAGAACAACUCAGCAACCUCGCAAAGCCAGCCCGAUGUUCGUCAAGUUAGUUUUCCCAACAACAUUCACAGAGUCCAGCAGCUGUAAACUACAGGGAUAAGAUUUAUAACAAUAACUGAGAUUACAUGUCAUACUUUUAGCUUCAGGUCGAGGGAUCGUCUGCCUGUUAUUGUUCUGCUGCGAGGCCGUAAGUCCCACAGUUUACUCAUGUAUAUGAGGAGGCAAUAAAACUUACAAACAGAUUUUACUCCAAAUAAAAGUUCAGAACAUUUCCCUCGUUCUCCAGUUUGGAUGUUAGAAGCAAACACCAGUGACAAUGAGUGGAGUGAAGGAAAAAUGCUUGAGCUGGCUUUGCAAAGUUGCAGUGGUCCUGCUCCAAAAAUGGCAGUUCAAUGAUUCCAAGAUUCCCCUUAGUUUCACUUCAUGUAUAUAUUAAGUGUGAUUCUAAGCUUUCACUGGCCACAGCAAUAGACACAGUUUUGAUCUGCUGCUCUGUCUUUUACAGUUUGGCCUCCAUGCUUCAGAUAACUUCAUAAAAACAUGUAUAGUUAAUAUUUCUAUGUCGGUUUAUUUUCAUCUCAGAGCAGGGUGGCUGCAGAUCAGGCCGAUCCAAAGACUUUGCAGCCGGUGAAUCCGCAGUUAACGUUUUUUUUUUCAGGGUUUCAGGGUUAAAUGUUGAUCUACUCUGUUUUUCUGACUUGAAAAAGAAAUCACAUAUCAACGAGACAGACUCUGUCCUCAGGCAUAUCCCUCAGUUUCACAUGCACGCUCAUAUGACACACAGAGAAACACACUGCCAAUCCUUUCCACCUUUUAUACCAACAAACCUGAGGCUAAAUCUGCUCUUUACAACCAGUAAACAAACAAACUUAAGAAUGACGUUACAAUGAUGUUAACUUAAUUGAAAACUGUGAGGAACAACUGUCACAACCGCACUCAGAAUAUGCAGAGAUUCUUUUUCACAGCUGCUUUAGACCAGGGGUAACCAAACUUUCUGAGAUUGACAGCUACCUGAAUAUGGAGGGCUUCUUGUUAUAUAAAGUAUAAUGUCCCAGAAUAUUAGCUUUUACCCUAACCAGUGCGCUGUGGUUGUGUAAAACAAAACAUUUAAAACUCACUUUUCUGUGUUUGUGGAACAAAUAUUUAUUAAGAACUAAAUUGGCCUUUCACUUUUUAAUUUAAACCGCACAGACACUGAUGAGCAUAGUUGUCAACUCGAGUCGCCUCACCUGGUUCAGUGUCCACUGCUCUGAUCACACUGUGUGUAUGUGUGUGUGCACACAUCUGCACAUGGUGGGGCAAAGAAUCAGGGCAAGUAAGAGUGGACCGAAACGAGUCCUUGUAUUUAAAUAUGGCCGAUAAUACAAAUCAGUUAAAAAGGUAACCAGCUAUUUGGUGGACGGCCACUGAACAUAAAAUGUAACGUCAAGCUAAACCCACUUAUUAAGAAUUGUUAGGGAAACCCCAACAAAACAAUUCAGGCUUUUUUAGACUGAGCACUGCCUAGCGGGUGACUCAUCAGGUGUCACUGCUUUAAUAUACAUAAUAAAGUAACAAAACAGUAACGGUUCCAUGAUGCUGUAAAAAUACAUCCCACAUGUCUCAUCAGGUUUUUUUUCUUAUGAGAGAAAAGAUGAUACAGAGAUUCCCCUGCUUUGCUGCAGCACAACAGUAUCAUGUGUUGUCAGUCAUGUGUCAAGCUGGAAUGUUUUCCUCCUCCUCUGGGCAGCCAUGACAGUUUUCUGACUUGUUUCAGGAUGAGUCAGGUGUAAUUUAAUGUACACUGACACAUGAAACGUCACAACAGACAGGAAAACUAUACAAUUUUUUGUAUUUACUGAAAAUAUAUAUAAAUGCAGUAAAUAGUGGUUGGGUGUGUGUAUUUUUUUUUUUUUAUUCUUUUUUUUAAUGAAAUGAUAGCUGUCACAUUUUAUCUGUAGGAUUCCUUUUUGUUCUGACCGUUAGAGUGCACAAGAUAAAACAGCUGCUUCACUGAAGAAACAUGCUGCGACACGAGCUGCUCGUAGAAACAAAACACUUUAGAGAAGCAACAUAUUUCCCCCACGGCUUUGAACGUUCCCUCCAACACAGGCCGGUGUUUGUGAAUCGUUACUAUAACAACUUUUAAAAACCAGCGCUGGGUCAUGGCAGAGCGAUCGUGCUUUUCUUUUUUUUUCCCUUUAUCUAUACACUGUUGUCAAGGCAACAAGUUCAAUUUGUACAGUCAAAGGGCUCCUUCAAAUAUAAAAGCAAACCAGCGGAAAAUUGCAUCAUUUACAUGCACAUCGAUCUUCAAAUUUUGUUCCACACACUGAACAUGCUUGACGCAGAUACUGAAGAGAAGGUGUGCUGUUGGCUGUUGUGGUAUUAACUGAUGAAUCGACCCUGGAACAGGAUGUGAGCUGGUUUCACAAACACUCCUCACAUGUACUGUAAAUACAUUCCUUUCUACUCCUUUCUACAGAUCAGAUCAUACACACACACACACACACACACACACACACACACACACACACAGAGGUUUUAAUGGCCAAUAUGCCUGAUAUAUAUACAACGUAUGCAUUUUUUAACUGCAUGUAAAAUGUUUAAUUGAGAUUUCCAACAAAUACUAAUGUUAUUACCUGUGUACCAAUCCAGGUUUGUUAGUUAACGUGUCAGGGAAACGGUGUGGUAAUGGCUGCAUUUACACAUAAUGAAGGAAACAUGACGUUGAGAAGUUAGUAUUAAUUUGAAACAUUUUAUCUGUAAACAGUUCUGAUUGGCCACC